AUGGCUAUCGACGUUGCCUUGGACAUGGAGGCGCCGGCCUACGACGCUACUCUUCUUGUUGGAGGCGUGUCCUAUGACUUUCGCAAGUGCUUCGACCUGAUCCCCGUCGAAACGAUGCUGGAGGUGCUCCGGUUGCGAGGUGCAUCGGACCGGAUGCUGAGACCACUUCGCGCCAUGUACGCCGGUUUGCACUGGGUGUUCAGACUAGGAGGAGCGCUAUCCGAGUGGUGGAGGUCUUACGGCCACAUCAUCCAGGGGGACCCGCUGUCCAUGAUCGGCCUCGUGGCAAUGGUGAACUGCAUCCUCGAGAUGUCCGAGAAGCACGUGCCGCGGGCCGCAGUACGAUCGUACGCGGACGACAUCAGUGCCACGUCCACAGGGCGCACCCAGGACAGCGUGGCGGAUGGUGUGAGACGGGUGCACAGGAUCGUGAAAAUGUACGAAAUCAACGGCAAGAAGACCUUCACCGCCACGGAGCUCGAGACGCGGCGCCUGGACGAACGGAAGGGGACCAUCGCCAGAGUGCGCAGCGUGCCCUACCACUGGAGGCGCCGAUCUUUCAUGCUUCUUGCAGCGCAAUCCCAAGCGACUUUUGGACAGGGCACUCACAAAUUGGGAUUGGAGGUGGCAGGACUCAAGAAGAUUCGCACGGCCAUCAUGAAAAGCCUCUGGAAGACAGAUUCGUACUCUUGCAGUCCAGCACUCACCUUCUGCAUCUUGGCGCCGCCGCAGCUGGACCCUGAAUUCGGGUAUCACUACGAGGCCCUGCGCACCAUGCACCGGGCGCUGCAGCACCCAGGCAUUCGCGCGAAGGUCAUGGAGAUGUACCCGAAGGCAGCCGUGGCCGCGCGGCCCGGCCCUGUCAUGCGGCUGCGAUGCCUCAGCAGACUCGCGGUGUACGGGGACGCCGUCAAGCAGCUUGUCGCCGGGGUCGACAACAAGGGGGAGUGGGAGCAUAACCUGCGGGAGGCAUGGCGCAGUGAACUUUCACGUCGUCUUGUGCGAGACCGAGCGCAGCACUACGCAGGAGCCAGCCAUGUCGACAGGGAGCGCACGAUGGCCCUGUACAACCGACUGCAGCGGCGGGCAAACGAGGAGGAGGAGGAAGAGGACGGAGGCCAGGGCGAGAGCGCACAGACUGGCGCCGCAAGUGCUCUCGAUGCACGCAAGAAGCUUGGAGUUUUGCGGCUAAUUCUGGCCGGCGGACUCAUGACCGCCGAGCGGAACGCCAGGCACCGUGGAGACGGCAGCCACUCGAAGUGCAGGUGCGGUGCGGAGGAGGAUGUCAUGCACGUUUCCUGGCACUGCGGAGACUACGUGGACCUGCGGCGCGCGGCCUUGAGGGUGCUCCCGCGGGACAUCAUGCAGGCGCCCAUGUGCGUGCGGUACGCAGCUGUCAUUCCGCAGUCAUCAUCCCUCACGGUCGCGCAGGUGAGCGCCAAGCAGAGCAUGCCCAUCGACAUCUGGACUCAACACGUCCAGCGGUAUCAUGCCGGAGACAGGUUUGCAGAGGGCCCACAGGGAGUGCCGCGCAGUUUGACGCUCGAGAACGGCCACGCCCUCGCCGCGAGGAAGGACGCACAGGGCGUGUGGUGCAGGAAAUGCGGGAAGUACGUGCAACGACUGCAGCAUGUCCGGCUGAAAAUCACGAGUGCACCAUGCACAGCAGCCGAUCUGCCGGAGGAGCGGUGGCUGCAGACAAAGGGACACCGGCAGUCCACGACCCGUUUGGAUAAGUUAGAGCGGCAGUUGCACGAGAAUUACAAUUCGGGGGGCCACACCUUGACAUGGAACCGGCAAACAGGCCAGGUCAAGGGAGCCCUGGACGAGGGGCGCAUCCAGUGCACCGUCUGUGGCCGAGCGUGGCGGUGGCAGCACCGCACCAACAACCUGCCGAGAACGACGCGCAGCCAGCCGGCGGACGCAGCGGCGCCACCGGAGGCGCCCGCGCAGGGCCCGGCUUCGCCGUGUACUCUGCCCUCGCUGUCAUUGCUGGCUGUCAUGCCCGAUGCGGUACAUGCUGGGCGCUGGUGUAUUCUUGGGCACAUUGAUACUGGAUGGCAAUGGGUGCGGCCCCUAUGCUGA